UAGAUGUAGUUUUACUUUUUUGUUUUGUUUUAUUAUUUUUCUUGCGUUUGUCGUUGUCCGUCCGUCCCGCGUCCUUUAUGCACAGCACGCUGCUCCGCUCCGCCGCCGCUGAUCACGCCUUCGUGUCCGAACAUCAUGGCCCGCUCCACACGUUUCCACUGAGAGACAUGGAAGCCAAACAGCACCCGAUAAAGAGCCUAAAGAGCUACCCGGAGACCGGCGGCCGGAGCCUGGCAGCGGCGGCCGGGGGAGGCGGAGGAGCAGCAGCAGCAGGAGGAGGAGGAGGAGGAGGAGACGGCGGCGGGUACCGAGCCGGCUCGGCUGACAUGGAGAUGGAGGCGAAGAUCCGGAAAGCCAUCGACUUCAAGGCGGAGGGUCACCGCUGCUACAAGGAGAAGAAAUUCCGGGAGGCGAUAGGCAAGUACCACCGGGCUCUGCUGCAGCUGAAGGGGGUGCACGUCGUGGACGGAACCACCGGGUCUGAGGUCAACCUCCUGAACCAAGCUGCGGCCAAGCUGACCGAGGAGCAGCGGAGAGCCGUGGAGAGCACUGAGAUCGAGUGUUACGACAGCUUGACAGCAUGCCUGCUGCAAUCAGAGCUCGUGAACUAUGAGAGAGUGAAGGAAUACUGUCUGAAGGUGCUGAGCCACCAGAGAGAUCACUUCAAGGCCAUGUACCGCGCCGGCAUCGCCUUCUACCACCUGGGAGACUACGAAUGUGCCCUGCGCUACCUGCGUGACGCAAAGAACCGUGAACCCGCAGACACCAAUGUGCUGCGCUACAUCCAACUGACAGAGAUGAAGAUGAGCAAGAGUGGACAGCGGGAACGAGACAGCAACAAGGAGACCCAGGGCUAACCUUUGACCUAGGAGCUGCGCCACAUUGACCCCACCCUCUCUCUGCCUCCGUUACUGACCCCUGGCGGCACAACCCCUCAGACCCCAAGAGCCUGUCAGCGAUGGACACAACAGGAGACAUAUCAAAUGCUGCCUGGACUCCUCCCCUUUGUCCACUAACCCCGCCCUUAUUUUUCCUUCUGGGUAGAUGCAGACA